AGAAUAGAAAAACAUUUUGCAACGCACCAAACACACCGAUAAUCUCAAAAAUACUAUACAAAAUCUGGUUGUUCCUCAACUUGAAUAACCCCACAAGAACCAAUUCAAAAAAAUUCAAAAUUCAAAAAUCUCAAAAAAAAAAAAAACAGGAAGAAGAAUGGCAUCAAAAUCUAGCAUGAAAGGAUUCUACAAGCAAAAGAAGAAUACUGGUAGCAUCACAAAAUCAAAAUCCACAAAACCAAAAAACUCAGCAGCAAUUGGCUCUAAUGUUACUCAGCCAUCAGCACUCAUCUCUCAUGGCUCUCUUGAUUUGAAAGAUAAUUAUGAUCAGAAUGAGGAAGUGUUGAGGCAGUUCGACAUGAAUAUGGUUUACGGGCCAUGCCUUGGAAUGAGUAGACUGAACCGGUGGGAGCGUGCCAAGAAACUUGGUUUGAACCCUCCAACAGAAGUGGAGCGCCUUUUAAAGUCGACCAAAGUAGGCAAAGAGUGCCUGUGGGAUGGUCGCGUUUAGCCCCCUUCUGCAUUGUUCCAGUCUUUUGGUUUACAUCUAGUUGCAUGGUGUCUGUGUUGUCGUUUUCUUCUUUCGAGUGUUUGUAGGGAAAGGUAUCAUCUGUACAAGAAGAUGUACAACAGCUGGCUGUACCAUAACUUAAUAAGUAUCUUAGACAUGCUCUACUUGACCGUAACUUUAAUGUUAUUCGCCUCGACGUUUUCCUUU